AAAUAAUAGGCUACAGUCAUAUUUGCAGACAGAAUGAACAUCAGGAGAAUGAAUCCACUGCCGGUUGGUGACCAAGACUGUGAACUGCGCUUCCACAUCUCCGUGAGCAGCUCGCCCUACGGUCAGAGCCUCGGUGAAGGAGUUCCCACGCACCCCUCCGAUGAAUUAACCACGGGCUAUCGCAUAAUCGAAGAGACAGCGUCGGAGAUGGACAGAAAAAGUUUUCAGUGUCUGGAAAAUGGAUUUCACGGAGACUCGGUGCCGAGCAGCGAAACCCAAGAAGUCAAGAAGCCCAGAGCGCUGCGGCUGCUUAUCAAUGCGCGUGAACGGAGACGCAUGCACGAUCUUAACGACGCGCUGGAUGACCUGCGAGCGGUCAUACCGUACACACCGAAUCAAAACCUGAAAAAACUCUCCAAGAUAGCGACGCUGCUCCUGGCCAAAAACCACAUCCUGAUGCAAGCUCGGGCCUUGAGGGAGAUGAGGAGGAUAGUUGAGCAGAAUGUGACACGGACUAUUAUUAAUACACCACAUAUAUUGUCAGAUUGAGUCUUUAGCGUGUUAUUUAUUUUUUAAUAUGCAAUUAUGAACAAUAUGUGAUCUAUAAUUACACACUAAAAUGUAAUUAUAGAACCCCCACAAGUUCUUUAUGUAAAUAUUGUAACAUGAAUAUGGGAUCUCUAAUCCAACACUGUAAAUAAACUGUG